AGGAGGUAGAACUGGUCCGGGACGCAGGGUGCAUGUGCUUCUGGGGCCGGGAUUGGGUGACCGAAAUGGGUCCGGAAUAGACCGCAGUCUCCAGGUUAAGGCUGAAACUGAAGGGGUGAAGCCCAGGCCCGAUGUCCGGGAGCCAGGGAGCCCCGGGCGCUGCUCUAAAGGCUCCCCGGGAUUAAAAAGGCAACAGAAGAUUUGUUAAGAUAUAGAAGGAACAAGCAAAUUGCUAAUACAUCGGUUGUGGAUGAGAAUGAGAAUAUGUUUUUGUUGGUGACAUUAUGGAAAAUUCCCCCAAAUGGAAAAGAAAUCAGAAUACCUUUGCCACAUGGCAUUAGACCUGAUACAAAAGGAGUUUGUUUAUUUACCAAGGAUGAGUCCAAUUCAACUUCAGAACAGACAGAAAGUUUCUAUAAGCAGCUUUUGAAAAAUAAGGGGAUUACAAGCAUUACUGAGGUCAUGCCUUACACAAGAUUAAAACGUCAAUAUAAAACUUAUAAAACCAUGCGGCGUCUUGUGAGUGCUUUUGAUCUUUUCCUUGCUGAUGAAAGAAUUACACGAAUUUUGCUCACACACUUAGGAAAGCUUUUCUGUAGAAGAAAGAAAGUGCCUAUACCAGUAGACCUUACUACCCAGGAUUUGUCAGAACACAUCAAUAGAAUUGUCCAAGGAACUACAUUAACUGUUACUAAUCAUGGUAGUCUCAAUACAGCACGUGUGGGUCACACAGGAAUGUCUGUAGAUCACCUAGUGGAAAAUAUUUUUGCUGCUGUAGAUGUGCUUUCAGAAAAGUUGCCAGAGGUACUGUGCUUUGGUUGUACCAAUUCUUAUGUGUUAAGAGGAUAUUCUUUGGAUGGCAUACUAUUUUGUAUUUUUCUUUAUUUACAGAAGUGGGAGAGUGUAAAAUAUCUACACCUGAAAACAGAAAAAUCUCUUUCCCUUCCAAUCUUUUCUUCAUGUGUCUCCUUUUUGGGUUCUCCUCAGAAAAGUAAGGAGGAAAAUCAAGGUAACAAAAUAGCCACCAAUUCUCUCCAGGUUUCAGUGAGGCCUGAAAGGGAAUGUGCUCGGGAUGGUCAUGAACUAGAGGCAGAAAAGGAGAGCAUAGCAGAGCCUGACAAGGAGGAUAAGAUUCCACAGCUAGUUCCAGUUCAAGCAGCAUUUUCUCAAAAGUACCCAGAGCUUCAUAAAGCAACCCUAAUAAAGGACUCUACUGAAGAGAGCAUCAAUGCUGAAACAUCACAAGCUAAAACUCCUGAUGAAAAGAGAAAGGCCUCCAUGGCUUUGGGGACCCCAGAAGAGAUUAACAAAAAUUGCACAGAGUUGAAUAAGACUCCAGACUCUGGCAAACAUAAGAAGCCAAGGAUUGAUGCCUAAAAAGGCAGAAAAAAAAAGUAAAUACUUCCUAAAGGUCAAAGCCCUGGAAAGCUAACACCCAAACCAUUUACUACUCAUAAUAAAGUAGGAACAAUUAUGAAAUCUAAAAAAGGUCACCAAACUCCCAAACAGAAGCAGAAAAAAGCACAAGACAUCCCUAAGUCACCUAAAUAUCCUUUGAAUGAUUUUUAAAAUAAAAUCUAUUUUUAUUUACCUGUUUAUUUCACACUAUUGGAAAAAAAAAGAAUUUGUGUCAUAUCUAUUUCAUUUCCCUUAAUAUGUUAUAGUAUUUUGUUACCCAGUCUUCCUCAUGUGUUUGUUUAAAAUACACCUGCUUUACGGUUUUCAUUAACUUAAGCCUCGGUUUAAGCUGUUUCUUGUCAGAUUUAAUGUAUGUUUACUGUUCUAAUAACUUAAAAUAGAUGAAUAGGUAUUCAUCAAGGCAAGUUGUGAAUUGAUACAAAGUUAAUGAAGGCAAAAAAAUGCUGUUUGCUUUUAUAAGUUUUCCUUUUACUCCUUCCUUACCGCCAAAUAAGUCCUAAAUUCAUAAGUAGCUUAUUUAUAGAAUUAAGAUAUUCAGAAUAGACCAGGUCUAAUAGCUGAAAAUUCUGAUUUUGUUUUUAACAUAGUAAAAAUUCAUGUGUUUACAUUCUUGGAACUUUUACUGUUUUUGAUUGAAAUCAAAGACAGAAAAAAAAAAUUGUAUUCAUUCAUUUCAAUCCUCUACCUUUUAUUUUAGUUUGACAAUCCCAAAUACUAACAGGUCAUUUUAGAAUUUCCACACAAGAACACUUUCUCAAGUAGACAUAGAUACAAAAUAAAAAAAUAUUCAAAAUAGUGAAAGAACCACUAUAAAGUUUAGACACUUGCUACAAUCUCUUUGGACCACCAGAAGACCUAGUGGGUAUGGCAAUAUAUUUAUUUCCUGUUAAUAUAACAUGCUUCUAUUUUGCUUUUGUCUUAACUUUCCUAUUUCUAAAUAAACAUAAUUGAAAAACUG